AUGGAGCACUUGAUUGUUGUUGGGCUCUGGUGUGCUCACUCAGAACAUAAUAUGAGGCCUUCAAUCAGGCAGGCAAUUAAGGUGCUUAAUUUUGAGACUCCACUACCCAAUCUGCCAGCAACAAUGCCGGUCUCAACAUACCUUUCUCCACUGAAUGCUCGUGAGAGCACCCAAAGCCAAACCUAG